CGCAGUCUCAUCGCCCGGCUUGAUCUCAUUCCAAAACACCACCCGCAACUGACCAUCCUUCACAAUCCUCGUGACGAGCACCUCUCCCUCCUUCAGCUCCUCAAUAGCUCCUCAAAGUGGCGGGUUUCACGUGACUUAUCUCGUGAUCAUACGCUUCACUAGCAAGGACUCUGACUACCAUUAUACAAUGUACAAUGUCUCCAUCAACACAAGUAACUGAUCAUCAACCGGAGAGUAGCGGGGUCUUGCUUUGUGUCGUAAUGCACAGACGAUCUCCAUUUGGAAGAGUAGCCGAUCCGAUCCGUUCAUAUAUUGAUAAGCUCGAGACUUUUCUGACUCGGAACCGACGUUGAUCGAGUCAUUAUUCUUGUCAUAUCUUCAUAGUCAUGCUGUGAGUGUACUUAUAUGAUCUCGCAUAUUUUCCUUUGGUCACAAUAGCUAUGGGUGACAGAAACAGCGUCACUUCUCCAGCCCCAGGCCAAACGGGAGAGUCUCCCAACCCGGGAAGCCCUGCUGCACUCGAUGCAUCCAAGCUUAAGAUCACGCUCGCACCGACAUUGAAGCCCCUGCAGCCCAUCGAGACAUUAUGUUUCGGCCAGACAUUCUCGGACCACAUGGUUGUUGCAACUCAUGACCCUGAAAAAGGGUGGUCCGCGCCUGAGGUCAAGCCCUAUGGGCCCAUUACACUUGAUCCUCAGUGCUCUUGCUUUCAGUACGGCGGAAAUAUCUUUGAGGGUAUGAAGGCUUAUCUUGGGCCUGACGAUAAGAUACGCUUGUUCCGCCCAGAUAUGAACAUGCGUCGACUGGAGAGGUCUUGUGCACGUCUCGCUCUUCCCACCAUCGACGGGGAUGCUGUUUUAGAACUCAUAAAGUGUCUGGUGAAUCUUGAUAGGCGCUGGAUACCCAAAGAAUCGGGAUACAGUUUGUAUAUCCGUCCUACCGUCAUUGGAACCAGUCCAGGUCUGGGACUGACGGCGUCUGACCAUGCGAUGCUUUACGUCAUUGCAUCGCCAACUGGGCCAUACUUUGCGAAGCCUAUUUAUCUUCUUGCAGUCAGUGAAAAUGUGCGCGCGUGGCCAGGUGGAACUGGAGGACACAAAGUUGCUGGCAACUACUCACCCGGCUUCCUGCCCCAACGCACUGCUGCAGAGAAAGGCUAUGAUCAAAUUCUUUGGCUGUUUGGUGAUGACAGAAGAGUCACAGAGGCUGGAGCGAUGAACUUCUUCGUUGUAGUCAAGAGGGAUGAUGAGGACGGCGUGGACCUUAUCACCGCCCCUCUGGACGGUACUAUUCUACCUGGAGUGACUAGAGCAUCAUGUCUUGCCCUUGCGGGCGAUCCAGAAUUCCACAAAGAAAUUUCAAUCCGCUUACACCCACAAGAAACGGUGUAUACCAUGAGUGACCUCGCCAAAUGGUCGUCGGAGGGCAAACUGCUUGAAGCAUUAGCCAUAGGCACGGCGGCCAUUGUUGGCCAUUGCGAUAGAAUUGGGUAUGAGGGUAAGGACAUUGUAAUUCCUGGAGAUGGGAUGGGUCCAGUUGGCACGGCAAUCCGGAAAAAGAUUCUUGAUAUCCAGGAGGGUAGAACAGAGUGGAAAGGAUGGGGCGUGGUCUGCGAUUAGUGAUAUGUUGCCACAAUACCUACGAUAUUGGUGCUCGUACCAUGAGCAAACAAGACAUAGGGUCUUCUAUACCUUCACUUGAUGUAUUAUUAAUGUAUCUGCAUAGUGCACUGGUACACGUAUGUGUUUGGUAGGCUGCAUGAGGAAAUACAGCGUGAUGAUCGGAAAA